UACACUUUUUUUUAUAAAGCAGCUACUGAAUAGUGAGUAUUGAGCGCAUGACCGGGGCUCGAGCCCGACCAGGCCGGUAUAACGGCAGCUGCAGAUAGCUCUUAGGCUUAAUCACUAUAAAAUGGUGGCGGUUCCGCGAUUAGGCUGUCACCUCGCUCACAUCACUGCUUACGGUACUCUCUGUACAAAUUCCAAAUCCCUUCAAAAUCACUCAUAUUUCACUCCAUCAAAUUAUAUUCAGGAAAUCAAACGCUUCUCGAUCUCAGGCUCAGCUACAGUUUCAGUAAUGGCUUCUGCUGCUAAAAAGGUACCAUCUGAAGCUCUCAAUUGUUUGGUUUUCCAAGUUAAAUACUUGAUUGAGUAGUCCUGUUUUUCCCUUGUUAUAGGUUUUGGUUCCGGUGGCGAACGGGACGGAGCCGAUUGAGGCGGUGGUGCAAAUAGACAUACUGCGGAGAGCUGGAGCCGAAGUUACGGUGGCUUCGGUGGAGAAUAGGCUUCGAGUCGAUGCCCUACACGGAGUUAAGAUUGUUGCAGAUUCGCUCAUUUCCGAUUGCGCCGAUACUGAGUUUGACCUCCUCUCUCUUCCGGGAGGGAUGCCUGGUGCAGCUACCCUUAGAGACUGCAAAACUUUGGAAAGCAUCUUCAGAAAACAUGCAGAAAGCAAACGGUUAUAUGCGGCAAUUUGUGCCUCUCCGGCAGUUGCACUUGGUCCGUGGGGACUGUUGAAGGGCCUUAAGGCAACUUGUUAUCCAUCAUUCAUGGAGCAACUUUUGCCUGCUGCAAAUGCUGUCGAUUCAAGAGUGCAGGUGGAUGGAAAUGUUAUCACAAGUCGUGGACCAGGAACUGUCAUGGAGUAUGCUGUUGCUCUGGUUGAGCAGUUGUAUGGAACAGAAAAUUGUAAUGAAGUUUCAAAGCCACUGGUAAUGCGCUCUAAUCACGGUGAUGGAUAUACAUUUACUGAACUCAAUUCAGUAAAUUGGACAGUUACUAAUAACCCACAGAUACUGGUACCCAUUGCCAAUGGAUCUGAGGAGAUGGAAGCUCUUAUUAUUGUUGAUGUACUUCGACGAGCUAAAGCUCAAGUAGUGGUGGCAUCUGUUGAAGAUACACUAGAGAUUGUUGCUUCUAGGAAAGUGAAAUUGGUUGCUGAUGUCCUGCUUGAGGAUGUUGCCCAGAGUACAUAUGAUCUGAUUGUCUUGCCUGGUGGGAUUGGUGGUGCCCAGGCAUUUGCAAACUCAGAAAAAUUGGUCAACAUGUUGAAAACCCAAAGAGAAUCAAACAAACCGUAUGGAGCAAUAUGUGCUUCCCCUGCCCUAGUCCUUGAACCACAUGGUUUGCUCAAGGGUAAAAAGGCUACUGCUUUUCCAGCAUUGUGCAAUAAGCUCUCAGAUCCAAGUGCAAUAGAGAAUAGGGUGAUAGUUGAUGGUUAUCUCAUCACAAGCAGAGGGCCAGGAACUACAAUGGAAUUUGCACUGGCCAUUGUGGAAAAGUUCUUUGGACGCAGUAAAGCCCUAGACCUUGCCAAGGGGAUGGUUUUUGUGCAGCAGUAAAGCUAGUAGGUGUCUUUAUGUUGUUUCUGUUUUAUGACAACUACCAUUGCACAGAUGAUAUCCAGUUCAGUGUAAUAAAAGCAUACAAAAGAGGGGAACAUUCGUCUAUAGAAUUGUUCUUCAGUUUGAAGAGAUGUUACAACUUACAACUAGAUCACUACAUUUUAGUACACUCCCAUCCAAAU